AUGGCUGACGAAAUUGAUUCUAAAAUUAAAGUUAAAUGGUACAGCACCAUUUUUCUUCUCAUGGGAACUAUUUUAGCUGUUGCUGAUCCAAUCACGGACAUACUUACUCUGAGAGAAUUUUACCUCAGCGAUCACAAGACAUGGUUUGGCGUGGGCCUCGUGUUCGUUAUUUUGCCGAGUCUGGUCAUAUCAUGUCUUUACUAUCGGUGGCACUACUUCCAAGUAUUGUUUCUAUGUUGGUGCAGGGGUAUAUUUAAAACGGAUCAUGAAGUAAAAGACGCGAUAAAAGAGGUCUUCUCAACUCCAGAUUUACUUUUUGGGUGGAAUCUGUUGGCCCUUCCUUAUAAGCGAUUACAAGCAUUUAUUUUAUGCUCCAGGAACUUUAAGAAAUUAUGGCAUGAAACGUUAGAAGAGGACUGUGAGAAAAAAAUCAAGAACUUAAUAUGUGACGAGACUUGGCUUGGGAUGUUUGAGGCAAUCCUGGAAUCAGCUCCUCAGUUUAUAAUCCAGCUACAAGCAACUAUUUUUCAACAGGAACAAGUUUCAACUAUCCAAAUAGUUUCCUUGUCUGUUUCUUCCUUAAGUUUGGCUUGGACCGUGACCAACGCCGAUGUAUAA